ACCAUUUGAUUAUUAUAAUCUCACCGUCCUGACAGUGAAAAGAAGAGAGAUUAAAAAUUAAAUGCAAGCACACUCUCCCCCUUUAAAGUUCUCAAUUCUCAUGCAUAUGCUAGAGUAAGGCCUAGGCACAACCUCAGCAUCAUAUUUCAUCUAUCUCUCUCCGUAUCCCAAAAAACAGCACAAACAUGGUUUCUCUUGAACCUAUUCAGACCAACCCCAGAUCUAGCGAUGCACCUUCAAGUCCUAGAAUAUCUUUCUCAGCAGAGUUCUUAGAUGAGAACAACUUCAUCUCCAUCAGUCCAAACGCUGAGUAUGAGAGAGAUCAAGAGAAGGAACGUGAGAGAGCAAGGAAUGCUGAGUUUGAGUUCCUUUCAAACAACUUGAGCAACAACAACAACACAGUGUUAACUGCUGAUGAGCUUUUCUUUGAAGGGAAGCUCCUUCCCUUCUGGCAGAUGCAGCAUCUAGAGAAGCUCAACAAGAUCAACCUCAAAGUCAAAGAGGGAGAGGAAGAGGAGUUGGAGGAAGAAGAGGAGAUAGUAGUGGUGAGCAACAAAGAAGAUAGUAGUAAUAGUAGAGUGAAUUGGUUUGUGGAUGAUGACCCUUCUCCAAGGCCACCAAAGUGCACUGUUCUAUGGAAAGAGUUGUUAAGGUUGAAGAAGCAACGUGCUUCUUCUUUAUCACCCUCUUCUUCAUCCUCAUCUUCUUCCUCUUCUGCAAGCUCACUUGGUGAUGUAGCUGCCAAAGAAGGGAAAGAAGGGUCAAGGAGUAAUAAUAAUAAGGAGCAGCAAGUGAAGAGGGUAAAGAAAGGGUUGGAGAGAACAAGGUCAGCUACUAUUAGAAUUAGACCAAUGAUUAACGUGCCAAUUUGCACACAGAUGAAAAGCAGUGCCUUGCCUCCUCUUUUUCCACUCAAGAAAGGAAAAUUAGAGAGGUAAUUAAAUUGAACUUGAAGAUUGCAUGCCAAGCUUGUGUUUAUUUAUUUAGUCUUUGAUCCUUUUGAAUAAGUUUGUUUAUUUUUGUUUUGGUUAUUAAUUUCUUAUAUUUGUUCCAACCAAUUAUGUUGCCAUGGUAGAUUAGGUGUUAAUUUGGCUGGAUCUGAGAAAUUACAAUGUAAAUUCUGACUUGUAUAAUCAUUGGAUUGUGCAUUCGGCAUUAGUAGAGGUGAGUAGUUACUGGCUAGUUUUGCUUGUAUUGAUUAAUGUACUAGAAAGAUAUGCAGAGUUUCCUCAACAUGCGAGUCCCACAUGGGAAACUGUCAGCCACAUA